CCCAGGAGCCCGGUAGUCUACCCGCCACCUUCCGCCAGGCCCUAGCCCCCUUGUCCUGCCAGCCUGGUCCCAUCCUCCGCCAGCGGUGAGGCUUACAGCCCCCUCCUGCACCUGGCCCUGGGUCUGAAAAUCACAGCAAAUCAACGUCGCAUUCCACCAGUCCCAGCUCAGAAGUGUGAACCAUCCCCAAGCCGCCUCUACGCCCAGCCUCCGUUGCCAAACCUGUUCCAGCACCGACUGUCAGCCUAGCCCAUCACGCACAUCUGCCCCUCUAGAUUCUUUUAGAUCGACCACCACCUCAUCAACACACCAAAAGGGCCACGCUUGACGUAAUCCACCAUCCACACUUAGGGGAGAGUUUGUGUAUAUCUAGACACACCCUACACUGACGUCUCUUCCUGCAUCCAUCAAGCACCCGUGACUAGAUCCCGGUGUUGAAUUGUUCCAGCACCGCUAAACUACCCGCUCCCAAAUUAGUCAUCACCUCACGACAACAUGGCCAGAACUUCCACUAUCAGUGUCAAGGUCGUGGCUGCAGAGUCCCUUCACAAGAGAGACGUCUUCCGCCAGCCAGAUCCGUUUGCAGUGAUCACUGUUGAUGGUUCCCAGACCAAAACGACAAAGACCGCCAAGAAGACUUUGAAUCCUUACUGGAACGAGACAUUCAACUUCAACUCCUUGGAGGACUCGAUACUCGUGAUCCAGGUCUUCGACCAAAAGAAGUUCAAGAAGAAGGACCAGGGUUUCUUGGGUGUGGUCAACGUUCGUAUUGGCGAUGUCAUCGACACCUCCUUGCCCACCUCUGAAGAGACCAUAACAAGAGACUUGAAGAAAUCAAACGAAAACUUGGCUGUGAGUGGUAAGAUCAUCGUGGUCAUCUCACACAACUCCAAUGACUCGGCAUCUGCUGCUGCCCCAGCCUCGUCGUCUAGACCUAGCAUCCCUCAACUGAAUGGUGCUGCCCCACCUGCAGCUCCUUCUGGUGAUGCUCCUGAGGCCCUGUCCACCUCCCAGCCCGCAGGUGCAACGGCAAACAAGCCUUAUUCCUCUUUUGAAGAUCAAUAUGGUAGAUUGCCCCCAGGUUGGGAACGUAGAACUGACAACUUCGGAAGAACUUACUAUGUCGAUCACAACUCCAAAACAACCACUUGGCAAAGACCAACACUUGAGCAAUCGGAACUGGAAAGAGGCCAACAAAGACAAACUGCCACGGAAGCCGAAAGAAGACAGCACCGUGGAAGAACAUUGCCCGGUGAGACUCCACAAUCUCCAGACCUUCCAUCCGCUACAAGCGCAACUAGUGGAAAUGUGACUGUUAAUGCCACUGGUGCUAAUGCUCCAGUGAGCCCUGCGGCCGCUGUCUCGAUGGCAGCUUCUGGUGCAACCACCAGUGGAUUGGGUGAAUUACCUUCCGGAUGGGAGCAAAGAUUCACCAAUGAAGGAAGACCAUAUUUCGUUGAUCACAACACAAGAACUACUACCUGGGUCGAUCCAAGGAGACAGCAAUACAUCCGUACCUUUGGACCAAACACCACGAUUCAACAACAACCAGUUAGUCAAUUAGGCCCAUUGCCAUCUGGAUGGGAAAUGAGAUUAACCAAUACAGCAAGAGUUUAUUUUGUUGAUCACAACACCAAGACCACAACCUGGGAUGAUCCAAGAUUGCCUUCAUCUUUGGACCAAAACGUACCACAAUACAAGCGUGAUUUCAGAAGAAAGGUGAUCUACUUUAGAUCUCAACCUGCCCUUCGUAUUUUGCCAGGUCAAUGCCACAUUAAGGUGAGAAGAGAUCAUAUCUUCGAAGAUUCGUACCAGGAAAUCAUGAGACAAACUCCAGAAGAUUUGAAGAAGAGAUUGAUGAUCAAGUUCGAUGGAGAAGAAGGUUUGGAUUACGGUGGUGUUUCAAGAGAAUUUUUCUUCUUAUUGUCGCAUGAUAUGUUUAAUCCAUUCUACUGUCUUUUCGAAUACUCGUCGCAUGAUAACUACACCUUGCAAAUCAAUCCAAACUCUGGUAUUAAUCCUGAACACUUGAGUUACUUCAAGUUCAUCGGAAGAGUUGUUGGUUUGGGUGUUUUCCACAGAAGAUUCUUGGAUGCAUUCUUUGUGGGAGCAUUGUACAAGAUGAUGUUGCACAAGAAGGUUGUCUUGCAAGAUAUGGAAGGUGUUGAUGCCGAAUUCUACAGAUCCUUGAAGUGGAUUUGUGACAACGAUAUCACAGAUAUAUUAGAUUUAACUUUCAGUGCAGAAGAUGAAAGAUUCGGUGAGAUUGUUGAAGUUGAUUUGAAGCCAGGUGGAAGAGAUAUAGAAGUGACCGAAGAGAACAAGCAUGAAUACGUCGAGUUAAUCUCCGAAUGGAAGAUUUCCAAGAGAGUCGAAGAACAGUUCAAGGCAUUCAUUGAUGGAUUCAAUGAAUUGAUUCCUCAAGAGUUGGUCAAUGUGUUCGAUGAGAGAGAAUUGGAAUUGUUGAUUGGUGGUUUGGCCGAGAUUGAUGUUGAGGAUUGGAAGAAACAUACCGAUUACAGAGGAUACCAAGAAAGCGAUCAAGUCAUACAAUGGUUCUGGAAGAUUAUCAAGGAAUGGGACUCCGAGCAGAAGGCUAGAUUGUUGCAAUUCACCACUGGUACCUCCAGAAUCCCUGUCAACGGUUUCAAGGAUUUGCAAGGUUCCGAUGGUCCUAGAAGAUUCACCAUCGAAAAGGCCGGUGAAGCCAACCAAUUACCAAAAUCCCACACCUGUUUCAACAGAGUCGACUUGCCACCAUACAUUGACUACGACAGUUUGAAGCAAAAAUUGACCUUGGCCGUAGAGGAAACCGUUGGUUUCGGUCAAGAGUAAGCAUCUCCAGGCAUGCCCAUAGUUAUCCAUUUACCUGCUUCUUAUUGCCCGACUGCAACAGC